UGAGCAGGACCAGCGCACUGCGAGGCGGAGGGAGGCGUGACGACAGCAUGACAUUUUAGGAAACACUGCCAGCAGUCACAAAGGGACAGAGAACUUUUUUUUUUUUUUAAACUUCCUCCUCGGAAUUGUUUAUUCGUUCUAUUCGAUGAGCGCUGCAAGCCUGCUCAGGUCAUUCAGUCCAUCAGCGAUGCCUGGCCCCGUAAUGCCCAUGGACGUGGCUAUGAGGUUCUACCUCAGCCACUCUUCGCCUCCCCUCCGAGGCUUCUUCGGCUCCUACGAGGAGCUUCAGCGGGCCAAGAACCGGGUCAACCAGUCCGCCGCCCGCAGCCACAAGCAGCAGCACUACAAGCCGCUGCGGCCGUGUCUGAGCACCCUGCAGAGGGCGGCGGACGGCGACGGCGGCGGCUGCGAGGGCUGGAACAACAACAGCAGGGCCGGCAAGAAGAAGGUGGUGUUCGCAGACACGAAGGGCAUGUCACUCACCGCCAUACACGUCUUCUCCAAGUUCGACGACGAGCCGUAUCAAAACGCCAACGGCGGCAUCAGCGAGGAGCUGCAGUUCGACAUGGCGGACCUGGAAACCGCCACGAUGGAUCUUAAGAUCAGCUCAAUGCGCAGCCUGGCACUGGACUUUAAACAGCCCUCGGCCGACUACUUGGACUUCCGAAACCGCCUGAUCCAGAACUCGGUGUGUCUGGAGAACUGCUCGCUGCAGGAGCGCUCGUUGACGGGCACCAUCAAGGUGCGGAACACGGGGUUCGAGAAGUCGGUGCAGUUGCGCGCCACAUUCGACUCGUGGACCAGCUUCACGGACGUCGAAUGCACCUUCAUGAACAACAUCUACAGCUGCCAGGACACUGACACCUUCGCAUUCGUCCUGGAGCUGCCCGUCCACAUCCCGCCCCGGAGCCGCGUCGAGUUCUGCAUCUGCUUCAAGUCCCAGGGUGAGACCUUCUGGGACAAUAACGACGGCAAGAACUACGUCCUGAAGCACGGCGGGUUUAACAGGGAGGACAUGAACGUUCGCAUGGCCCCGACUUCCGUUGAACAGAAGCAGGCGUCAGGGCACAAACACGGGGGUGUGAAGGUACUGGAGAUGGAGUUCGACCAGUUCGGCAGUCCACGUAUGUCUAGUGGACUGUUCCCUGGCUGGCAGAGCUGGGGCCAGGUCGAUGACGCCGUCCCGUAUUGGUGAAAGCGUCAGGCUGUUGGCCGUGCGUACGGCUGGUUCUCAGCCAGGAACGAACCUGAAGCAAAGAACCUCUGCUUUUUUUUUUAGCAAAGGAAGUGUACAAAUCAGUCCUAAACCUAACUGUAAUGUUCUCAACUGACCUGAUUCCUGUUGUAACGUGGUCAUUUAGGCCCGAGGGACCUCGUGAAAUGGGGUGGAAGGACAAAUAAAUGGGAAAAUCUUUUUAAUUUUUCACAUUCUGCUCUUCUGUAAAAUAUGAAUGUGCCUUCUCAGAGUGCCCGCCCACUUUAAGACAGACAAGUUGUAGAGCCCACUACAAGUGUUGAGCCCCCUCUGAGGUUCCGGCUGUAACGGUUAAAUAUGCACUGAUUGCGAUGUUCCUGUAAAUGUGACGUCUGUAAACUGAAGAGGUGGAAAUGGCGAUGCUGAUUAAGUCCUUCAUAUUGAAGGGAAGGUACAGGGAGUGCAUGGCAACACAACGCUUCUCUACUAAAAAGAAAUGAAAUUGAUUAAUUUCUAAUGAAAAUUGCACACUAACUUCCUUCACUUUCAAAGACUGAUUCAAAUGGCCUUCAAGUGUUGAGUCAUGCAACCCUUUCUUUCCCUCCAUGUAAAUUGCACAAUGUUUGGAAGAUGUAAGUUUGAGGUUUCUCGAGGAACUGUGGUAUCGGAAAAGAGACGCGGCGGGUUAUUGGUUGUCUCUAACAAGGAAGACGUUUGGGGAUUUUGGAUGGUUCAAGAAUGUGAAGAUAAAAGAAAUGAAGAUGAAUGUUUCUAUUUGCCUGUUUUAAAAAGUGCGAUUAUGUGAUGAGUGUACAGUAUGUGUGGCUGGAAGUGAGAUUCUUCUCUUUUCAAACUGUUUUUUCUCAACGUAAAGAAAAGUCUUUGCCCCAGUAUUUUGUUUCACUUGAAGGUGUGUGUGGUGUAUUUCCCCUGCAGAAAUAAAUUUUUCUAUUUGUGAUAGAAAUUCAUGACUUCUGACCCUUGUCAUGAAUGUUUUGGUAGUUUUUUGUUCUUGUGAUGACAAAGAUAAACCUACCAGGUGGUUUAUGAAACUGUGUUAAUGUGUAAUAACAGUUAAUAUGAAAUAAAAGUAAAAAGUAAA